AUGAACGGAAACGAUGCUAUCAGCGGCGAAUCUCGCAAGCAAUAUGGUCAGUAUUUACCCAUGCUUUCACACUAUCCCUUUCACCGUAUUCCCUGUCUCUCAUUCAUUGCCAUGCCUGAGAACCCGUUCGCUGCGCUCAUUCCUGAGCAGCAGCUAGCGAUUGUUCCAGAAUUUACUCUCGAGUCUGGAGUUACUCUUUACAACCUCCCAGUCGCUUACACCACCCGUGGCAAGCUCAACGAAGAGGGUAACAAUGCCAUGGUUAUUUGUCAUGCGCUCACUGGAAGCGCCGAUGUGAGUGACUGGUGGGGUCCUCUCCUUGGAGGUCCUGGUCGAGCUUUCGACACAUCGAGGUUCUUCAUCGUUUGCAUGAACAGUCUAGGCAGUCCCUACGGUACUGCGAGCCCUGUGACAGCUAAGGACAAUGACCCCGACAAGGGCCGAUAUGGUCCUGAGUUCCCUCUCACAACUAUUCGUGACGAUGUCAACCUCCACAGACUCAUCCUUGAUGACUUGGGUGUGAAGCAGCUAGCUGCUGUAGUUGGAGGAUCUCUUGGUGGUAUGUUUGUGCUUGAGUGGGCGUACUUUGGAAAGGACUACAUCCGAUGUAUCGUCCCCAUUGCUACCUCCAGCAGACACAGUGCUUGGGGCAUCAGCUGGGGUGAAGCCCAGCGACAGAGCAUCUAUGCCGACCCCAAGUACGAUGAUGGAUACUAUUCUUUCGACGAUCCGCCUUCUACUGGUUUGGGCGCGGCCCGUAUGUCUGCUCUUCUGACAUAUCGAAGUCGCAACUCUUUCGAAUCGCGAUUCGGACGCAACAUCCCCGACCCGUCCAAGGUUCAAACAAUUGGCGGCCGACCGCGCCCCUCAACUCCUUCAGAGGCACACUUCCACAUUCACAACGACGGUCAUCAUGUUAAGCGCACUUCCAUAUCCCAGGGCAGCUCAACUGGCACCCCUUCAGCUCCUCAGACACCUGCAGCGGCUGAUAUUGCUGAUCCUCAAUUCCAUGGCCCUACGAACGGUAGUCUCACCGGGGGAGAGAUGCCGCAAUCGCACUAUUUCUCUGCCCAAUCGUAUCUGCGGUACCAAGGCCGCAAGUUCGUUGGACGAUUCGAUAGCAACUGCUACAUUGCCAUGACUCGUAAGCUAGACACACAUGACGUGUCGCGUAACCGAGCAGAGACUAUCGGAGAUGCAUUGGCUAUGAUCGAACAACCUACACUUGUUUUGGGUAUUGAAAGCGACGGUCUCUUCACUUUCGCAGAGCAGGAGGAGAUUGCGCGACAUGUUCCCAACGCCCGACUAGAGCGCAUUGAAAGCCCCGAGGGUCACGAUGCGUUCUUGUUGCAGUUCGAGCAAGUCAACAACUAUGUCCUGAACUUCUUCAAGGAGGUCUUGCCAGACAUCAUGUCCAAGGACGGUGCUGCGCCUGAAGAAGCUAGUGUUGGUCAGCUUACCAAGUCAAGCACAUUUGGUGAAGCUGAGGUUGAGGACAUCACUGCCUGGUAA